UAGUUUAGUACGCAACGAGCGACCGACGCGAACGGACGUCGCGACGCUCCUCAACGUGCCGGCAUUAUUAUAAAGCACUUUUUAAAAACAUUCACGCGUCCUACGGAACCGUCCUCAGUUUUCUAUCGUAAUAAUCAGUUGGGCAGUAUUAUAUGAAACGUAGUAUUUUUUCUAUACGUUUAUUGUGUGCAAGCAUUGUAGUGUCAUAAUGGUUUCUUCGUGUUAGUGCAGUGGAAUGGAUUGCAUUUGUUAGUUCAACGACUACAACUGUUGUAUAAUGUCGAAGACUCUCAACGCCUACAGAAUAAAGAAGAUCGAAUCCCUAGGCAGGAUGACGGCGAUGACGCAGGAGGAAAUGGUGGCUGGUGCACGCACAGUCGCCGCAGGCCUAGAGGCUCUCAGGGCCGAGCAUGCUCAGCUCCUGGCGGGACUGGCUGCCAACACAGAACAUGAACACGAGAAGGCAGCCCUCGUUAGGAAGAGCAUUGAUGCUAUUGAGCUUGGAUUGGGCGAAGCACAGGUGAUGAUGGCCCUAGCCUCCCACUUACAAUCAGUGGAGGCCGAGAAACAGAAGCUCCGCACCCAGGUCCGCCGGCUGUGCCAGGAGAACGCCUGGCUUCGGGACGAACUGGCAGCAGCCCAGCAACACCUGCAGGCUUCGGAACAGCGCGUAGCUCAGUUGGAAGAGGAGAACAAGCAUUUGGACUUCAUGGCUUCUAUACGCAAAUACGACAGUGAUAUCACAGAAGAGUCGGAUAACAACCGCAGCGGACAGAGCGAGAAGAAGCGUGAUGAUCCCAUGGUCGACCUGUUCCCGGAUGAUGAUCAUGAUGAUAACAGGAAUAAUAAAUCCAUGUCCCCAACCCCGCCGCUGCACUUCGCGCAGCAAGUGAACGCGGGCUACGAGAUCCCGGCGCGGCUGCGCACGCUGCACAACCUCGUCAUCCAGUACGCGUCGCAGGGCCGCUACGAGGUCGCCGUGCCGCUCUGCAAGCAGGCCCUCGAGGAUCUAGAGAAGACCUCGGGACAUGAUCACCCGGAUGUCGCUACUAUGCUCAAUAUACUCGCUUUGGUGUACAGAGACCAGAACAAAUACAAAGAGGCAGCGAACCUGCUGAACGACGCGCUGUCCAUCCGCGAGAAGACGCUCGGCGAGAACCAUCCCGCCGUCGCCGCCACGCUCAACAACCUCGCCGUGCUCUACGGGAAACGAGGCAAGUACCGUGAAGCCGAGCCUCUGUGCAAGCGGGCGCUGUGCAUCCGCGAGGCCGUGCUGGGCCGCGACCACCCCGACGUCGCCAAGCAGCUCAACAACCUCGCGCUGCUGUGCCAGAACCAGAACAAAUACGAAGAAGUAGAGCAGUACUACCAGCGGGCGCUGGAGAUCUACGAGAGCAAGCUGGGGCCCGACGACCCCAACGUCGCCAAGACCAAGAACAACCUCGCCUCUUGCUAUCUCAAACAGGGCAAGUACAAGGAAGCAGAGACAUUAUACAAACAAGUGCUGACGCGAGCACACGAGAGGGAAUUCGGAACUAUCGACGGUGACAACAAGCCCAUCUGGCAGGUAGCCGAGGAGCGCGAGGAGAACAAACACUUGCAGAAGGAGAAUGCUCCUUACGGCGAGUACGGCGGAUGGCAUAAGGCUGCCAAGGUGGACUCCCCAACAGUGACGACGACGCUGAAGAACCUGGGCGCGCUGUACCGGCGCCAGGGCAAGUACGAGGCCGCGGAGACGCUCGAGGACUGCGCACUACGCAGUCGGAAGGAGGCAUUGGACAUCGUGAAGCAGUCUCGCGGGCGCGGCGGGCGCCACGCGGCGCGCGACGACUCGCAGGAGGCGCACGACGAGGGCGCGAACCAAGCGAGCGAACCGCGUAUGAAUCUAAAGUCAAAGCUGUUCAAUGCGCUAGGCAUCAACACUGGCAGCAAUCCUCCGCACCAAUAGCUACGUAGUGUACACUAGGGUUAAGAUACACGCUUCACGCACAUGGUCCUUGUGCCACGAACUAAGCAAUGGCUUCACUUGAUGUCAGAAGUAGAUUUGUACGCACUAACUUACCUUACUAGAUAGAAGGUCUAAUCAUUUUGUUGUUAUUAGAUGUUAAAGAGUUAUUCAAAAGUAUGUUUUAAGAAACCAGGCAAUUUUAAUUCUGAAUUUUAAAUUAAAUUUUUGCAAUAUAAAGAUGUUUAUUUGCAAAGCUUGAGGCAAAACCAUUGCUUAUUCGUAUCAAGACUAAUGUCCGCUCACUAUAUUUUGAGGAUCACGUGCGUUCCACACUUAAUUUGCCGCGCCGUUUUGAAUUUCUUGGGAAAAUAUUGCUACAAUUUUUGUAAGAGGCCCAAGCCUUGGUAAGUUUAAUUUUUAAUACAAGCAAUUAUACCAACGAAUUGAAAAUGGGCGUGUAGUAGCUUAGUAUUAUUUAUUAGCAUGCGAUAUAAUUAUAGUAAAAAUAAAAGUUUUUGAAAGAAAGAAAAAAAAUCUAUAAAAAAAUAUAAAUUACAAAUGAACGUGUGAUAGGAGCAUGCCAGUGAGCCGUCCCGCUGUAGUAUACAAUAUUUUGUUUAUAAAUAAAUACAAAGUAUCAAGACGGUUUUAUUAUGCUGUUUUAUAUGGUGACACUUAGUCAUUUGUUGGUAAAGUGCAUUUUAUAUGACCACGCCCAUGUUGCUUGGUAACUAUUGGGUAACUUCCAGAAUUUAAAUUGAAUGUAUUUGUGAGUACAUUUUUGGUGCAGAUUCUUAUCUCUUCGUGCUAUUAGAGAAUCAGUAGUCUAGGGUCUUUGUGGUUACUGAAGAACUGACGCUGAUCAUAUAAAAUGCAUACAAGUUUUGAGAAUUUAUAAGCUGAAUUUUGCAUUUAUAAUCAUUGAAAUUAUUUAUACAUAUUAUCAUUACAAUAAUUUUUAUUCUAUUAAUAAUUAAUUGCGCAUGUUUAAACAACGAUUUUAUUCGCUUACAAUAUCAAUUUUAAUUUACUGAUUGUAUUUUUUAUCGAUGUAUGUCGUGUUCUUUGUUAGGAAGAAUGCAUGGAUGUGAAUUUUUAUAAUUGUGAACGUUUAGCUCUACUCAACCUGGCAAGGUAACUUGUUGUUUUUGAACACAUUAUUAGUGUAGUUUAGAUAUAAUUUUAAAAGUUGUAACUCGUCAAAUAUUUGAAAGAAAUGAGUAUUCUAAUGCAAGUGAAUUGCAUUAGUUUUCUUAUAUAAUUCUGUACAAGAUGUACGGUUGAGUAUAGCUAGCUACAUUAUUUGUUUUAGCAACAGUCAUGUUUUAUCAUAAUCAUCAGUAAUUUUAUGCUUAACGUUCAUUCCAGUGUUAGCGUAUAUCGAUCUAAGCUUUAUGUGAGAGUAGGUGAUAAAUAUUAUUAUAGUAUUUUUAUAUACACUGAAUUUCUUUUUAAACUAUGGGGGUGCUUGAUAUGUGGAAUUUUCUAUGUACAUUAGAUUACAAUAUCGGCAUAACUUGACAGUUUUUUUUUAAAGAAUCUCCCUUUAACUAAACCGCCACGUCACAGCAAUGAGAAUUAUUUUUUUAUUAUCUCGAACGUCGAAUGGUAAUUAUAAAAAUUGUUAAUAAAUAUAAUUUAUGUAACAUUA